AUGCACUGCCAUCUUGGAAAGAAGGAAUCCUGUCCCAAGUCCGACUCCAAGUCUUUGGGCCCGAGUCCCAAGUUUGACUCCAAGUCUUUGGGUCCGAGUCCCAAGUCCGACUCCAAGUCUUUGGGCCCGAGUCCCAAGUUUGACUCCAAGUCUUUGGGUCCGAGUCCCAAGUCCGACUCCAAGUCUUUGGGCCCGAGUCCCAAGUUUGACUCCAAGUCUUUGGGUCCGAGUCCCAAGUCCGACUCCAAGUCUUUGGGCCCGAGUCCCAAGUUUGACUCCAAGUCUUUGGGUCCGAGUCCCAAGUCCGACUCCAAGUCUUUGGGCCCGAGUCCCAAGUUUGACUCCAAGUCUUUGGGUCCGAGUCCCAAGUCCGACUCCAAGUCUUUGGGCCCGAGUCCCAAGUUUGACUCCAAGUCUUUGGGUCCGAGUCCCAAGUCCGACUCCAAGUCUUUGGGCCCGAGUCCCAAGUUUGACUCCAAGUCUUUGGGUCCGAGUCCCAAGUCCGACUCCAAGUCUUUGGGCCCGAGUCCCAAGUUUGACUCCAAGUCUUUGGGUCCGAGUCCCAAGUCCGACUCCAAGUCUUUGGGCCCGAGUCCCAAGUUUGACUCCAAGUCUUUGGGUCCGAGUCCCAAGUCCGACUCCAAGUCUUUGGGCCCGAGUCCCAAGUUUGACUCCAAGUCUUUGGGUCCGAGUCCCAAGUCCGACUCCAAGUCUUUGGGCCCGAGUCCCAAGUUUGACUCCAAGUCUUUGGGUCCGAGUCCCAAGUCCGACUCCAAGUCUUUGGGCCCGAGUCCCAAGUUUGACUCCAAGUCUUUGGGUCCGAGUCCCAAGUCCGACUCCAAGUCUUUAGUCUGA